AUGCAAUUGCUGGUAAAAUUUUUUAUGGCAACGAAUAAUCCAAAUAAACUAUUGGAGAAAUUAGAGUCUAGUUUGAAGGGAGCAAAGUUUAGAGUGCUAAAUGAGGUGAUGUAUAGAAAGAAGGAGAAAGACAUAAGCCCGGAGCUAUUUAAAAAGUAUCACGAGGGGUACAAAGAGCAGGUGGCGAGAUGGCCAUUUAACCCAGUGGAUAAAGUAAUAAAGCAACUUAUGAAUGCAGAUGCAACGCACGUAAUUGCUGACAUGGGGUGCGGGGAAGCACAGAUUGCAAAAAGGUUCCAGGAGAGGGAGGUGCAUUCCUUUGAUUUAGUCAAGCCAGAAAAUGACGAGUUUAUAACACAGGCCGACAUAAGAAACCUCCCUUUAGAGAAUGAGACCGUAGAUAUUGUGGUUUUCUGUCUUUCAAUUAUGGGAAACAAUGCAAGUGAAUAUAUUAAAGAGGCGUACCGAGUAUUAAAACCGGGUGGUCUUUUAAAGAUAGUUGAGGUCCGAAGUAGAUUAAACAAGAUAGAACAGUUUGUGCGGCCGGUAACCAUGCAUGGAUUCAGUCUUCUAAAUAAGGAUUUGGAAAGUAAUUUUUUCUGUUUCUUUAACUUUAAAAAAAUAACAAAAAAGGUCAAGAAUCUGCCUAUAAUACCGCUAAAGCCAUGUUUAUACAAAAAAAGGUAGGAUAUUUCACAGAAACAUGCAUAAACAAAACUGGCUGAUACCCGAAAACAUCCAUUAAGUAUGCACUUUUCUGAGUAUAUGCCAGUAUGACAAGAAAUAACUGAAAUAUAUCUAAAGACACACAGAUAUACUGCAAGGCGCAUCCCCAAAAAUCUUAAAUUAAAUAGACAUAUACAUGAAGUAUAACCCGAAUAAACAUUAUGUAGGGGUUUAAACC